AUGGCAUUGGCGUUAUCAGAGCCAGCGUUCGCCAACGAUGACUACCCGUCGGACUUCCCUCCCGUUUCAGACUCCAAUGACCAUCUCGCUGUUGACACGGAACAGUUUUGUUCUGACCCCCUCUUCGACGCGGCCUCCAAGGUUGCUCUAGAAGUUGCAGCCCUUGCGGCGGAGUUCUCCGCUGGAUAUUCUACUGCACCAACCGAGCAAACCAACCCACCCGCCUCGCCAAAAAUCUUAGCGUCACAAGUAGCCACCGCUCAGCAAGCCGCCGCUGCACAGCAACUUGCCACUGCACAACAAGCCGCCUCUGCUCAGCAACUCGCCACUGCCCAGCACGCCGCCACUGCUCAGCAUGCCGCCUCUGCUCAGUAUGCCGCCUCUGCUCAGCAUGCCGCCUCUGCUCAGCAACUCGUCACUGCCCAGCACGCCGCCACUGCUCAGCAUGCCGCCUCUGCUCUGUAUGCCGCCACUGCCCAGCACGCCGCCUCUGCUCAGCAACUCGCCACUGCUCAGCAUGCCGCCUCUGCUCAGCAUGCCGCCUCUACUCAGCAUGCCGCCUCUGCUCAGCAUGCCGCCUCUGCUCAGCAACUCGCCCAGCAAGCCGCCGCCCAGCAGGCCGCAGCCCAGCAAGCCGCCGCCCAGCAAGCCGCCGCCCAGCAAGCCGCCGCCCAGCAGGCCGCCGCACAGCAGGCCGCAGCCCAGCAUGCCGCCACACAGCAAGCCGCAGCCCAACAGGUCGCCGCCCAACAAGCCGCCGCCCAGCAGGCCGCCGCACAGCAGGCCGCAGCCCAGCAGGCCGCCGCACAGCAAGCCGCCGCCGAGCAGGUCGCCACCCAGCAGGCUUUACAAACUGCCGCCACUGCAAACGCUCAACAAACAGCCACUAUCAAUCUUGCAGUUGCCUCCGCAAGUGCAUCCACCGAUUCAACUCAGAAAUGGUAUUAUGUUACACGUUUUCAACCACACGAAAAAUCUGCCAAUAUCAUCAGGUAUAUACAAAGCAAAACAAACUGUGACCCAGACCAGAUAGUAUGUAACAAGCUCGUAAGCAACAACAAAUCAAACGGUAGGCCUUUGUCAUUUUUGUCGUUCAAAAUAACCGUGCCAGAUUCGAUUGAAACCAUUGUAAACACACACACUUUUUGGCCUGAUGGCGUAACUAUUCAACCGUUCACGGAAAACCGCACGCGUGCAAUCGCCAGUACCAAAUCCAAAUCUAACGGCCCUCCUCGUACACGAUCGACCGUUCCCUCUCGAGAUCGAGAUGUCCUACCAAGUGCAGUACCGAACACACGAAAUACCAAUCUACCACCCUUCCACGGCCAGACUCCUUUUCCAUCGGGCUUCCGCUUGCCGCAUCCUCCGUUGCCACCAUACCUGACACCAUUCCCGAUGAUACCGCAGUACCAGUUGUACCCAAACCUACGGAACGAGUUAAGGUCCCUCCAGCCCUAGAAACGAAUCUGCUCCUUUUUUUACCAGAACAUUGGUGGCUUAAACACUACAAUCGCUCAGCACUCA